AUGCAGCGGUACGUGCGCGUGGCCGCGCGAUGGAUCCGGGCGCCGGUGUCGCAGCACAGCUCCCUCACGCGCUGCGGUGCGUACUCUGCGCACCAGGCGCUGCGCGUUGCAAGAAGGCACUUUGGCAUGCCACACCCGUCCGACCUCCUCACUCCCCCGAUGGGGCUCGCUGCGCUCCUUUACCGUCGCACUGGAAACGUGGGGAGCGUCCCACUAGGCACCGCGUCCCCAACACCAGACGGCAGCGACCCACAGCCGCGGCGCGGCAGGGAAAGACGACGUGCCCGUCAGCAGCAGCAGGGUGGUGGCGGCCCUUCUAGUGACAGGUCAUCGGACCAAGAGCGCCACAGCGGGGAAGACGGGAAGACUGAACCUAGUAGUAGCGCGUUCGGAAGCAAGCAAGCAACCACGCUUGCCGUUGCCGUCUUUCUCCUUUCAAUCCUGUGGGACCUAUUCACAGCGCAGAAGUCAGUCAUGUGGCACGCCAUCAAAAACACCUGCGUCACGACACUGGAGGUGCGCUCAUCCUCGCAGGAGUUCGCGAUGAUCAUGGACUGGAUGGGUCGUCAGCCGCGUGGGCAGCGUAUCCGAAACCUGGGCUUGAAGCCGAUCACCGUGCAGGACGAGCAGAAGACGGUGUGGGGUGAGAUGCCAUCGCCGCUGUCAGGCGACGUCGCUGCAACCGCGGACGUCGACGCGCGCGUCAUGCUGGUACCGGGCUACGGGAGUCACCUGCUCCGCUUCGAGUCAACGUGGAUCUACAUUACGCGCGCAGAAGAUCCAUCUAAGCAGAAGGCCGCCGCGGCCAAUCGCGUGGAUCGCGAGAACGACAAACUCACUCUGACCUUCUUCACGCGCCGCCGGGCUGUGGUGCAACAGUUCAUGACACACGUACAGGAGUCGUGGCGGGCAAAUGUGCGCAACACGGUGCACAUCUACCUCAGCGAGGGAUACGGCCCACGGUGGCAUCUCCUGUCCGAACGCAUCCGGCGGCCGCUGUCCACGUUGUACCUCCCUGCGGACACCAAGGCCGUUGUCGAGGAGGCGAGACUUUUUUUGCAGCUAAAAGACACGUACGCGGCGCUGGGGAUCCCGUGGCGUCGCGGAUACCUGCUUGAGGGGCCGCCCGGCACUGGCAAAACGAGCUUCGUGAUGGCACUCGCUGGGGAGUUGGGGCUCCCUGUCCACAUUCUCUCCCUUCGCAGUGACAACAUGGACGACGACGCGCUACUGUCGCUCACCAGUAGCCUGCCGCGCCGGUCGAUUCUACUUAUCGAGGAUCUCGAAAAUGUCCUCAAGACGCCACCGGGGACUGGAAGAAGCUCUCUCUACCCCAGCGGAAGCGACACACCCGCAGUAGCAGCAGCCGAAACAAGCGCGGCUUCGCCUGCAUCGCCCUACUCGACAGACAUUGGCGGUGGUCCUCGCUCUGCCAUGUCCCUCAGUGCGUUACUGAAUGCCCUGGACGGCGUUUCCAGCAGCGAAGGGCGGCUGCUCUUGAUCACAACGAAUGAUACCAGUCGCAUCCCGUUUGCCGAGGUGCUCCUGCGGCCUGGCCGUAUCGAUCGCCGCAUCAGGUUCCAGCCACUGCACGCGGAGCAGUUGCGCGAGAUGGAGGCGUCCUUUCAACAGGCGCUCCAAGGGUCCCCUUGCUCGGCAGUAGAGAACCUGAGGUUGCCCAGUGCGAGCCUCAGCGCUCACGAGGACGAUCACUCCGUCGCCUGCACGCCGGCACAGUACCAGCAGAGGUUGCUGGACGCCGUCUACGCGUCGCUCACAUCCGGGCCUCGAGCGGAGAGCAAGUGA